AUGCGAGCUCUCGACAACAUUCGGGUGCUUGAGCUAGCUGGACUCGCCCCGGGUCCGUUCACAGGUCUUCUCCUUGCCGACAACGGAGCAGAUGUGCUGCGAGUUGACCGAGUCCAGCCAGGUCACUCUCCCAGCCCAGAUGUCUUGAUCAGGGGGAAGUCAUCUAUAUGUGUUGACCUCAAAGAUGCCCCCGGAAAGGACUUUAUUUUACGCCUCAUCCCACACGCCGAUGUCUUGAUCGAUCCAUUUCGUCCGGGUGUUCUGGAACGGUUGGGGCUUGGCCCAGAAGUUCUGCUGAAAAUCAAUCCCCGGAUGAUUGUAGCAAGACUGACAGGGUUUCGCCGUGAUGGAAAAUAUGCUGCCAUGGCAGGCCAUGAUCUCAAUUACCUCGCAGUGUCGGGAGUUUUGUCAAUGCUCGGCCCUUCGAUUCGAGUUCCACCCUUGGGACAUCCGCUUCCACCCAGUCCACCAGGAAACAUCUUGGCCGAUUUCGCGGGGGGCGGACUGACUUGUUUCGUGGGUAUCAUUCUGGCACUGUUUGCUCGGGUCAGCACAGGAAAAGGGCAGGUCGUUGAGGCAAAUAUGGUAGAUGGGGUUUCUUAUCUUGCCACCGCACCACGCAUUUCAAGCAAGAUUCCUGGACAAUGGGACCAGCCCCGAGGCCAAAACUUGGUCGAUGGCGGCUGCCCAUACUACAGGGUGUAUGAAUGCAAGGACAGUGGCCGUUACAUGGCCGUCGCAUCUUUGGAGCCCAAGUUUUUCGAUGCGCUGAGUCAAGGAAUUGGUCUAGGGCAGAAGGACUGGGGAGGAAAUCGUGAAGACAGAUCGCUGUGGCCUGCAAUGCACAUCCUCUUUGAAGAGACAUUUCGCACCAAGACGCGCAAAGAAUGGGAGGCCAUAUUCGAUGGAACCGAUGCCUGUUGUACGCCAGUUUUGGAGCACUAUGAAAUGGAGGCUAACCAUUAUGAUCAACGCGCUGUGGUCACACUUAGCGAGACACCAUCGGUGAUGCCGGGAAAUGAUGGCUGGGCAGUAAGAACAUUGCCGAGCGGGCAAGGUGGUGAGACUGUGCUCCGAGAUUGGGCAGGAUGGAAGAAGGGAAAGGACUUUGUAGUUGUUAACGGAGGGAUCUGUAAUAAGGAGGCUGCAAAGAUCUAA